GCCCAUUUAUAUGAUACCAAAAACUUUCAUAAACCCCUAAUCUUCUCUACAAACUUCCUCUCUUCUCUGUCCUACCGCCGCCGCUAUCUCUCAAUCUCUGUUUUUUCUUGCAACGGGGAGGAAGAACUUCUAAUCAAGAAGAAAAAUGUCAGCUGAUGAAGUUGCAGUUGUGGCUGAGGCUCCUGUCCCAGCUCUAGGUGAGCCGAUGGACAUUGAGACUGCUUUGCAACUUGUUCUUAGAAAAUCGUUGGCUCACGGUGGGCUUGUUCGAGGCCUUCAUGAGAGUGCUAAAGCUAUUGAGAAGCAUGCUGCUCAGCUCUGUGUCUUGGGAGAAGACUGCAACCAGCCAGAUUAUGUUAAACUUGUCAAAGCUCUUUGUGCGGAGCACAACGUUAACUUGAUGACAGUCCCAAGUGCGAAAACCCUUGGGGAGUGGGCCGGUCUAUGCAAAAUUGAUUCCGAAGGAAAGGCUAGGAAAGUUGUUGGUUGCUCUUGUGUUGUAGUUAAGGACUUUGGGGAAGAUCACGAGGCGCUUCACAUCGUCCAGAAGCAUGUGAGUUCAAAUUGAUUAUCGAAAUGGUGUCUGUCGAGACUACAGUUGUUGGUCUCACUUAGAAAGUUUUUGAUCGUUAGUUAUGUUUAGAUUUGGUGCACCGUUGUUGCUUAACACCUUCACCCCUAUAAUGUGUUUUUCUUUGUUGAUUGAUUGGAAAGACUAGUUUUUAUCUUCUGAGUCCAUUGAUGUGGAGCUCAUUAUCAUUCCGGCCAACAGAACAAUUUAUUCAUCAAGAGUCUCCUUGCCCAUGGGAAAAGUGGAAUAUUUAUCAUCUUUCUUGCUGAA